AUGGCUACUACCCAGCAUUACCUGUGGGCCUCUGGCCACUUCAUCCUCUUGCUGUCCUCCCUGCGCUAUUUCCUCGCCACAGUCAUGUUCAGGGGGGUCUCCACUUGGUGGUACAAGGCGAGCUUCCUCGGCGCGCUUGUGAGCUACGCCAUCCAGGCUCCACUUGGCCCGCCGGUCACUUGGGUGAAGCGAUUCCAGCAUGCGGCUGCUGAUGAGAACGUCCAAUACUUCAUGCUUGCCUUCUUCUGGUGGUCCAUGAAGCCAAUCACCAUCGCUCUGGUUCCCUACACAGUCUUCUCGCUGUUUCAUGCCCUCACGUUCACGCGUACGAAUCUCAUGCCCCGAUUCCUCCCCCCGGGCCCGCCCCCAACGGCUGGCGCGGCGCCCACCCCUCACCCUCUUGCGAAGACCUUGCAUGCAUGGGUAAAAGCCAAUUACGACACUGCGAUGAAAGUCGUCGCCUUCACUGAACUGGUCAUCAUGGUCCGCGUCACGGUCGGUGCCGUGACCUUCCAGAACUCGCUGCUCUCUCCCGUCAUCUACGCCCACUUCCUCCGUGCUCGCUACUACCAGUCCAAAUUCACGCAGAACGCCGUCGCCGUCGUCACAGCGCGUGUGGACGGGUACGUGGGCAGGCCGGGGACACACCCUCAAAUUGUGAACGUGUGGACCAAGGUCAAGUUGCUGGUCGAGCGCUGGGUAGGGAGUGUGUUGGAGCAGCAGCCGGCCCCUGGCAGGAGGUGA